AUGGAUGAGACUGAACCCUUUAAAUCGGGCGGUGGCAUACGCCACCUAGCCAUGGCUAUUAACAUAAUUUGUACUUUGUGGUGGGUGAGAUUUCACCCCUGCCUUAAUUUUAUCCACCAAUCAGCGAUGAAAAAACGCCGCCUGGACGACACUGAGGCUGGCCCCCGCGACCCACCAAGUGUUAAAAUGCCCAAGCCCAGAGAGGACGAGAUGUUAAAGUUUUUCUCGUCAUUGAGUAAAUCUGAGGACAGGCCAGCACUUCUCUCGCUUACCCAAAAAUUUGCUGACCCCUACAUUCCCUUGGGCUUGAAGUAUCCCAAGCUGCUCCUCUGCAAUCUGCGAAGGAAGCAGUGCCCAAGUUCCUGGGACGAUGUACAGGCAGAGUGCCGUGAGGUCUUGGAGGAGCUCUCAAUUGAGCCCGAUGUGUGUGCUUUGAUCGAGAAGCAGACGAAGGCCCAGUCUGCGUCCGAGAAGUGGCAUCAGUUUUGGACUGGCCGCAUCACAGCUUCAAAUGCAGGAGCGGUGUUUGCUACAUCAUUGACUGAGCCAUCAAGGAGCCUGCUGAAAAGACUCUGCUACCCGGAGGACUGCAAAUUCCAGACCGCAGCAACUGCAUGGGGAAAGAAGAAAGAAGCUGCUGCGAGGGCAGCUUACGUCGAGGCAAUGCAGAAGCACCAUCUCGGCUUUUAAGUGCCAAGUGUCUGGCCUCCACAUAAGCAUAGAACGCCCAUUUUUGGCUGCAACUCCUGACGGCCUCGUACAUUGCGAUUGUUGUGGAGAUGGCCUUGUGGAGAUAAAA